AUGUUCGUUAAGGCCACGAUUGCUUCUAUUUUCAUCAUAAUAUAUGGUUUUAUUGAGACCGACUCUCGUUUUGAAUUUACCAAUGUAAAUUGCACUUCUUUUGAAAAGAGAAUAGUUGAAUUUGAGUAUUGCUACCUAAAAUCCAUAAAUCGCAGCUAUAAAUAUUUAUCGGGAAAGCUGAAAUUAAACGAAAUUCCUCUGUCAAACAUGAAGCGCUUCAAUGGCUAUAAACCUUUUCUCUACAAUAUAACUGUGGACGUAUGCAAAUUUUUGGCAAAACCAAAAUCUAGCCCAGUUGCUAAAUUUGUUUACGACACAUACGUGGACUAUUCAAAUGUAAAUCAUUCUUGCCCUUUCAAUAAUGAUCUGUAUUUGGAAAAGCUUCCCGUUGACUUUGUUAAUCACCGACUAACCAAAAUUCUUCCAUUUCCCGAAGGCGAUUAUCUUUUUGAAUUUAUAGGGAUUCGUGAUAGAUCUGUGAUUGGAAACGGUAAAGUAUAUUGUACUGUUUCAUGA